CAAAAGUCUCGUAAGGGCUGUAGUAGGGAUUUCUUGGACUACGCAUCGGCAUUACUUUUUGACAAAGAAGGUUUUAGUUUUCUUGGCGUCAGAAAACCAAGCUAAUCUCCCAUCAUGGGAGUUCCGGCCUUUUUUGCCUGGCUGAGUAAGAAGUACCCAAGUAUCGUGGUGCACUGUGUGGAAGAAAAGCCAAAGGAAGUAAGUGGAGUGAAGAUCCCAGUAGACAUCAGUAAGCCCAACCCUAACGAUGUGGAGUUUGACAACCUGUACCUGGACAUGAAUGGAAUCAUCCAUCCUUGUUCACAUCCCGAGGACAAACCAGCUCCUAAGAACGUAGAUGAGAUGAUGAUUGCCAUCUUUGAGGCCAUUGACAGGAUGAUGGCGAUCGUCCGUCCUCAGAAGCUCCUCUACAUGGCCAUCGACGGGGUGGCUCCAAGAGCAAAGAUGAACCAACAGAGAAAGAGACGUUUCUUUGCAGCCAAGGAAAGCAGGGAUGGCAAGGAGGAACUGGCGAGGAUACGUGAAGAGCUGGAGGGACAAGGUAUCCACCUUCCACCUGAGAAGACCAAUGAGGAACACUUUGACAGUAAUUGCAUUACUCCAGGUACAGAGUUUAUGCACUACCUGUCAGAAUGCCUGCGUUACUACAUCCAUGAGAGGCUCAACAACAACCCUGGCUGGAGGAAUAUCAAGGUCAUUCUGUCUGAUGCCAAUGUGCCCGGAGAGGGAGAACACAAAAUCAUGGACUACAUCAGGAGACAAAGAGCUCAACCUGACCAUGACCCAAACACUCACCACUGUCUGUGUGGUGCCGACGCGGAUUUGAUCAUGCUCGGACUGGCCACACAUGAACCCCACUUCACGAUCAUCAGGGAAGAGUUCAAGUACGGCAAACCCAGACCCUGCAAGCUGUGUAACCAGUUAGGUCACGAGGCUAAGGAAUGCCAAGGCUUGGCGAAAAACAAAGAUGGCGAGUUUGAUGAACUGGCCCCAGUUAUGGGAGAAGAGGCCACCUUUAUCUUCAUCCGACUGAAUGUACUGAGAGAGUAUCUUGAACAGGAGAUGAUGAUCACUGGGCUGCCCUUCGAGUAUGAUUUAGAGAGAGCCAUUGAUGACUGGGUCUUCAUGUGUUUCUUCGUGGGUAACGACUUUUUACCUCACCUGCCAUCUCUACAGAUCAGGGAAGGAGCCAUUGACAGGUUGAUACGAAUAUACAAGAGGACCAUACACAAGACUGGGGGGUACCUGACAGACAAUGGUUUAGUGAACCUCAGUAGAGUGCAGGUUAUUCUCACAGAACUAGGGAAGGAUGAAGAUGAGAUCUUUAAGAAAAGACAGGAAAAUGAGCUGAACUUCAGGGCUAGAACCAAGGCUAGAAAGAGAAGGGAGAAGCAACAGAGAAUGAUGCAGGGCAGACCUGCAUGGACCCCUGAUGGACAGUAUUCACCCCAGCCAAUCGGACAGACUCCAUCGCCCAUCCAGAACCCUCGCCAAGCCGCUGCACAGGGAAGGGCUGACUCUGCAAACAAGAGAGCGGCGGAUGACCUUAGGAAUAUGCUUGCUCGCAAUGGGGAAGGGACCCCGGACAGGACCCCCGGGAGCAGAGGGAGUACCCCUGGGAGUGGGGGGUUCAAGUCUCCGGCACAGACCCCCUACAGCAUGCAGUACACCCCCCGCAGUGGGGAGAAGAGAAAGCUUGAUCAGGCUGACCUGGAUAGUGAUGAGGAAGAGGAACCUGCAGAUGAUGUCAGGUUAUGGGAGGAUGGCUGGAGGGAGCGCUACUAUGUCGCCAAGUUCGAUGCCGACCCGAAUGAUGAGGAAUUUCGCCAUUCGGUGGCUGCCGCCUACACAGAGGGUCUUUGCUGGGUCAUGCUAUACUACUACCAGGGCUGCCCAUCAUGGAAAUGGUUCUUCCCCUUCCACUAUGCGCCCUUUGCCUCCGACUUUGUCAACAUCGGAGAUCUUCCCAAUACCUUUGAGAAGGGGACCAAACCUUUCAACCCCCUGGAACAGCUGAUGGGAGUGUUCCCUGCUGCCAGUAAACAGUUCCUACCGACAUCCUGGGCCGAACUCAUGAUCAACCCGGAUUCACCUAUCAUUGACUUGUAUCCUGACGACUUCAGAAUAGAUCUCAAUGGGAAGAAGUACACAUGGCAAGGUGUUGCGUUAUUACCGUUCGUGGACGAGGUGCGACUUCUCAAGGCUAUAGAUGCCGUACGGGGAGAUCUAACAGCGAAUGAACUCUACAGAAAUAGCCUGGGUGCAGACCGCUUGUACCUGAGGGACGGACAUCCUGCCUUCAGUUUCUUCCAGGGACUGUACCAAGACAGCUUACAGGAGGCUGAGCUGAACUCUAACCUUACCCAGGGCAUGAGAGGUGUCAUCAAACCCGACAACCUGGCUAUCAUGCCAAACAACACCGUCAAGUCACCUCUUCCGAACCUCCGAGAUGUAUUCAACAAUCAAACUCUCGGUGUUCUGUACAAGGACCCGUCAUACGCAGAAGAUCACAUCUUCCCAGCUAAAGUACUUCCCAAUGCCAAGAUGCCAGACCGCGUCUUGAAACCGGGCGACUUCGAGCGACACCAGCAACAGGCUAACCGCGGGCGUGGCCGAGGCCGCGGUGGGGGAUAUCGUCCACAGCUAGGUUUUACCCGCGACAGCGGCCACGGGGCCCGACUGUCCGACUCGGGCCAUCGCAUGCUGCAGCACGGUGUAAACAGGGCGUCGUUGCUAGGGAGCCCUCCCCAAAUGAUGGGCUCUCCCAGUUUCCAGUCUCCGCCAUACAACAGGGGCAGCAACUACAACUCCCCCUCCCCUCAUAACAGGGGCGGCAGCUACAACUCCCCCUCCCCGUACAACAGAGGGAGAGACUACAACUCCCCCUCCCCACACAACAGACAAGGGGGAGGCUCUGGUGGCUACAGAAACGACGGGUAUCAGCAGAGGCAGGGGGGUUACCCCCACCCCGGGGGCAGUUCAUCUUCGACCCCCUCCAGGUGGGGGCACAACCAGGUACAGCAGGCGGUGUCGUAUGGCAUCCAGCAGCUGCGGAACCAGCAGGGGGGAGGCUACCCAACACCCCCAGGAGGGGGGUAUCCAACCCCCCCUGGAGGGGGGUACGGUAACAGUGACAACCAGCGUCGUGAAGACCCCCGUCGUCGUGACGACCCACGGCGCCAGUCCUUCCCGCCCAACCGUGGCGGGCGUGGCGGUUACCCCCAGCAGAGCAGAGGGUGGUACUAAACUGAACCAGCCCCUUAGAUAGAAUACAUGACAUGUGCAUUGUUUAUGUACAUGCAGGACUAGGACUUAAUAAAUAUACUGAACAGGCCUCAAUUUUAGACCAGGAAGGAAAGAGAAAACAACUUUGGCGGACCAAACUACACAAAUUUCUUGAUUCAUUAACUUAACAUGAAAUUAUUUUGUAGGCAAUUGAAUGUACUUUGUUGUCUUGAUAACUGUGGUACCUGUUAACUGAGAUGGAAUAUACAAGAAAUUCAGUUUUUUAUCAAAGGAUGAAAUGGAUGUGUUUGCUCAGUCUGAAACGGGGGUUUUGUAGUCACUUGGGUUUGUCUCGUUGAUAUUAAUGAUAUUAAUGACUUGUCACUUAUUUUCACAUUUUGUGUAUAUUUCUGAUAAACAGUAGUUGAUCUGAAUAUCAGUUAACGCACAACUCAAGGACGAAAAUCUGUAACUGUUGGACAGCAAGGAUAUGCUUUGCAACUUUGAAAACAAAAAUGUAUGCAUUAGUUACACCUAUUUUGGGGCGGGGGGUAAGUAUACAAGGAAGUCAAACCUGUCUAUAGCGGCCUGUCUAUCUGAAAACUUGACAAAGUAAACAUUUUUCAUCGAGGACAGAUACAUGGUUAAAAAGUGAACAGAAUGUUAUUUAGUAUCUCAUUCGGAAACGUGUGCUUUCUAGGGAAUCCCUAUAAACAAAGGUGGUGUUGAUUUCAAUGGCUAAACAAAUGUUUUCAUCCUUUUCCAGUGGUAAAUUUUGAUCUUUGUGGUAG